AAAAGAUCCCUGUGAUGCGUGGACAGUGGUUUAUUGAUGGCACAUGGCAACCUCUGGAAGAGGAGGAAGGUAACUUAAUAGAACAGGAGCAUCUCAAGUGCUUCAAAGGCCAGCAACUGCAAGAGAGCUUUGAUAUAGAAGAACAGGCAAAACCUGUUGACAGGAAGGAGGCUAUUCAUAGUCUGAAGUUGAGUCGCAACCAUGUGGACUGGCACAGUGUGGAUGAAGUGUAUCUCUACAGUGAUGCAACAACAUCUAAAAUUGCAAGAACUGUUACACAAAAGCUGGGGAUCUCCAAAGCUUUAAGUAGUGGGACAAGGCUACAUAGAGGCUAUGUAGAAGAAGCUACAUUAGAAGACAAGCCACCACAAAUUAGUCACAUUGUGUUUGUUGUGCAUGGUAUUGGGCAGAAAAUGGACCAAGGAAGGAUCAUCAAAAAUACAGCUAUGUGAGUGCUUUGUAAUAUUUGCAAUACCAAUCUAGCCUGGUUAUAAGGCUGACAUUACAAA